CUCUCUCCUGUUGCUCUGUGGUGAGUCUGCAGGGCCAAAGCUCUCCGCCGAGGAAUUCACAGAACCUGCUGACGAAAGAGAGUGGGCUCCUUUAUCUGUCCCAAAAGAGGGGUAAACUCUGCAGUUGGGGCCUCACCUGCCCUCCCUAAUCCUCCUCCCCCAUCUCCCGUCUGAACACUGCACCUGUUCUGACUCGUCAGCCAGGUGAAGGGAAUCCUCUGGCCUUCACGCUGUUUUUUCAGCUGACCGUAGCUGCAGGGGCAAUUAGGAACACCGUCUAUUCAUUGGACUGGAUUGCUGCUUUGCUUUGUAUCUUUUUCUCUGUCUGUCUGUCUGUCUGUGCAACCCACCUCCCUUCCCUCCCUCCCUGCCUGCCCGUCCCUACCCCCUCCCACUGCAUCUCUGUCUAGCCCAGUCUGGCUAACGCUGUGGCUGGUGGUACGUGUGUAGGAGCAGAGAUUUUCCUGCUGGAGUAAAAGUGUGGAUCACAUGGAAACAACACAGGGGAGGCAAGGGUGAAACAUAAAUCUUGCGAAGCCGAGGUACAAAACAACAAACGCCGAGCCAAAGGAUUCAGCAGCUGGAAAAAGCAGCAGGUAUGAAAAGCCAGACUGUGAUUGUGUCUGUGGCUCUGCUGGCCCUGUGCUGCCUGUUGAUCCCCAGAGGAGGGGAGAGCGCUGGGGGGAUAGUUUCUCUCAGGCAGGCUGGAGGGGAGAAGCGCACAGGGGAUCAGCUGGGAGACCAGUCCCCGGAUGACCCACAAGGACCUGCGGAGGAACCACUGGGAAGCAGCAUCCAGAGUGACAGAGAAGUGGCUGAACAGAAAGGUACUGUGGGUAGGGUGAGAAGAGCUCCAGAUGAAAACAAAAAGAAGAAGAAGGACAAGAAAAAGAACAAAGAGCCAAAGGACCCCAACGCCACAAAAAAGCCCAAAUCUGAGAAGAAGGGAAAGAAAAAGGACCGGCAGACGACCACAACUCUGCCACCUACCACAACAACAAUCCCGACUGAACCACCGACUGAACCACCCACUGAACCAAUCACAGACUACCCAUAUCCUGUUGACAAUGAAUACUGGAAACCAGACGAUUACUACUGGGAGGCUGAGACAACAUCAUCCCGGCCUCAGCCCGGGGCUCCCGUCACAGAUUCCUUGUACGACUACUGGACACCUGGGCAGGUAGACCCAGCUGCUCCUGUAACAGACUCCUAUGAUGACUACUGGAAACCAGACGAGGGACAGUCAGUCACUCCUGUGAUUGAUAACUAUGACAACUACUGGAAUGGAAUGGACCCGACGUCCGCUGCCCCUGAGGUUGAUGGGAAGCGUGGAACAGACGACAGCGAUUACUGGGAUCGCACAUAUGAGGUGCCAGAAAACCUUCCAUUUCCCGAUGGUAAAGAAGUCGAUCCUGAGGUCAUAGUCGAGACUCUACCAGAUGAGCCCACAGCUGCUGCUCCUUACGAGGGAACCUGGUAUGACGACUACGACGAGUAUGGAAUGAGGAGGAAAGAGGAUGAGAAGUGGAUGGAGAAAGAGAGAGAGAGAGCGGAGAAAGAAAGGCGGAGGGAAGAGAAAGAGAGAACACAGAAGCUGAAGGAGGCCGAGGAGCGAGCCAGGAACAGACCACGUGUCUUCAAAGAGCCAAAGAAGUGUCCUCCCCUGGGGAUGGAGUCCCAUAAGAUUGAGCCCGACCAGCUCACAGCCUCGUCUAUGUCUCAGUACAGUUUUGCACCUCAGAGGGCUCGCCUCAACAUGCAGGGCUCUGACGAUGAGGAUAACAUGCGAGGUGGAGCGUGGUGCGCAAAUUCAGAGGACAGGAGCCACUGGUUUGAGAUAGACGCCCGUAGGGAUACAGAGUUCACGGGAGUCAUAACUCAGGGACGAGAUUCCCCCAAUAACGGCGACUACGUGACGUCCUACCUCCUGGCUUUCAGCAAUGACAGCAGAGAGUGGACCACCAUCCACGACGGAUACGCCGACUGGUUGUUUUUUGGAAACAGUGACAAGGACACGCCUGUGAUGAACCAGCUGGCAGAGCCCGUGCUGGCUCGUUACAUCCGAAUCAUUCCUCAGAGCUGGAACGGUUCUCUCUGCAUGAGGCUGGAGGUCCUGGGCUGCCCCGUGCCUGAUCCAGCGGGUGCUCUGUACAGGCAAAAUGAAGUCACGCCAGUGGAUUACUUGGAGUUCAAACACCACAGCUACUCAGAGAUGGUUGCACUCAUGAAGUCGGUGAACGAGGAGUGUCCCAACAUCACCAGCAUCUACAGCCUGGGCCGCAGCUCCAAGGGGCUGGACAUCGUUGCCAUGGUGAUCUCUGGCAACCCCACAGAGCAUGAAAUAGGUGAGCCGGAGUUUCGCUUCACGGCGGGUCUCCAUGGAAACGAGGCGCUGGGACGCGAGAUGCUCCUGCUUCUCAUGCAGUACCUGUGCAAAGAGUACAAAGACAGAAACCCCAGGGCCCAGCGCCUGGUGGAUGGAAUACGCAUCCAUCUGGUUCCCUCACUCAACCCUGACGGACACGAGGAAGCAUUUAAAGUGGGAUCAGAGCUGAGUAGCUGGACCACCGGACACUUCACAGAGGAGGGCUUCGACAUCUUCCAGAACUUCCCUGACCUGAAUAACAUCUUGUGGGACGCCGAGGAUAAGGGCAUGGUGCCUAAACUCACCCCUAACCACCAUGUGCCCAUACCAGAGGACUUGGCUACUAAUAGUUCGAUUGCUGUGGAAACCAGGGCCAUAAUCUCCUGGAUGAAAAGCCACCCAUUUGUGUUGGGUGCAAACUUUCAGGGCGGGGAGUCAGUUGUGGCUUAUCCUUAUGACAGUUUACGCCUCAACAAGCCCGCUGAGAGCCAGAAACCCCACAGCCGCAAAAAGAGACAGUAUGAGGAGGAAGGCUUUGAUGUGACAGAGUGGGGAAGGGGCUACCACGAGGAGCCAGAGGAAGACUGGAGAAAUAGGGGAUAUGCAGAGCCCGAGGAGGAGUGGAGGGGCCACGGCUACGACCGCGGUUACGAUCACGGCUACGACCCCGGCUACGACCCCGGCUACAGCCGCGGCGGCGAUCGCAGCGAGGAGGAGGACAACAGAGGAAGGGACGCCGGCUAUCAUUACGCCGAGCCCGAGGAUGAGCCCCGGGCCAUUGCAGACGAGUCCAUGUUCAGGUGGCUGGCCGUCUCCUACGCCUCCACCCACCUGGGCAUGACACACAGCUACCACGGGUCCUGCCAGGGAGAGCCAGGUUUAGGGGGCCACGGGAUCAUCAACCGGGCCAAAUGGAGGCCGGUCACAGGCAGUAUGAAUGACUUCAGCUACCUGCACACCAACUGCUUUGAGCUGUCCAUAUUCCUGGGCUGUGACAAGUUCCCUCACCAGAAAGAGUUGGCGCAGGAGUGGGAGAAAAACAGAGAAGCGAUGCUAAUCUUCAUGGAGCAGAUAAACCGUGGGAUUAGAGGGAUCGUGAAAGAUCAGCAGGGGAACCCCAUCGCAAACGCCACCAUAUCUGUGGAAGGAAUAAACCAUGAUGUCACCACAGCGCAAACAGGGGACUACUGGAGACUGCUGAACCCCGGGGAGUACCGUGUGACGGCUCGAGCUGAGGGCUUCUCCUCUGUGACCAAACUCUGCGUGGUGGGUUAUGAGUCAGGGGCAACGGCCUGCAGCUUCAACCUGGCCAAGUCCAACUGGGACCGCAUUAAACAGAUAAUGGCUCUCCAUGGCAACAAGCCAAUUCGACUCAGCUACAGCAACAACAGAGUACAGAAUUCAGAGAAUAAUGGCCAGAGGGGUGUCGUUGGCAAUUAUGGCAACAGCAACGGGUAUUCUCCAAAUUCAGGACUCAGCGCCGAACGACGGAGGAGGCUCAGGAUCCUUCGCCUGCGUCGCCUUCGGAAAGAGAAAUUAAUGAGGUUAAGAUCGACAACGUUACCCCCCACGACAACCACAAUCCCCACCACACCAGAGACCACCACAUUCUGGUACGACUCGUGGCCCAUAGAGGAGGGGCAAUCCUCGACACCCGGAGGAUUCACAGACACCAUCCUGGAUUAUAACUACGAGUUCAAGAUUGACAGCUAUUAAAACCAACACAAACGUGGCUUGUUUCAGUAAGCGACCGUCCUCUCCUAACUGUAGUCCUCGUCGCCGUGUCGCACUUCGAGCUGGGUGGAGAAUCAAACAAGGAAUUGCACGACAUGAGCGAAGAUGAGAAUCUGCAGAAUAUUAGCUAUAUUAAGAUAGUGUAUCAGUUUCUUAACACUUGAAAGAACGCCUCCUUACAGAAAUGGACCCAUUUAAUUAUUUGAGUUUGAAAGUUCACACUGCAUUUUCUGUCUCAUCUCAGUAUUUUAUGAAUGCUUCUUGCUUCAUGAAAUCAAGUUUAUUGUGGACACACAUUAAAAAAAAAAAAUAAAAAAAA